AUGCGUCCCUCUCAGAUGCUCCGCAGCGGCGGCGGUGGCGACACCCCGCUCGGCAAAUACGGCCACUACAUUGGCAACUGGGGAAACAUGGGCCCUGCCACCCAGAAGCAGCGCGGCAUUGUCUCGUUCGGCAUUGCCCCCAACCGCCAGAACCCCUUCGCCGGCGCCGGCCACGACGCCAUCUUCAACACCUGGCGGCGGUUUUCCCGGCAAGUCCUGUACUGGGCGCCAGCCUUUAUCGGCGGCUACUACAUCAUGCAGUGGGCGACCGAGCGGAACCACUUCCUGAACUCCAAGCACGGCCGGCCAUCGGCUGAUGAGGAGUAG